GGGGAGCCGGCGCUAGCGAGCUUGCUUGCAGCCGGGCGGGAGCGCACGGCCAAGCAGAGCUAACUGGACUCUCGGACGGGCCCCCAUCCCCAGGCUGCAGCAGCUUCGGUUCCGAGCCCGACCGGAACGGAGCCCGAGUCCUGGCCCCUGAGGGGAUUUCUCCCCGCAGACCAGUGGGACCCUGAAACUUGAACGCAAUACCCAACCUCCUUUUUAUGCCUUCCUUUGUCACUUACCCACCUUUCUCCCAGCGCGUUCUUUCCCCCGCCCCCCCUCUAUUCUCCCUCUCUUGAAGGACACAAAAGUGGCUUCCGCGGAAAAAUUUGAAGGCGGUGGGAGCUUUUCUCUUUGGAGAACGACUGUGUAGGAGGGAUUUUUGGGGAAGCCGCUUUUUAACACUUCUGCCCUCCGCCCCCCAAGCCUUUCUGUACCCCUUCGAGGAGAAAAGCCCGUAGAUUGAACGUUCGGGGGGCAUUUUGCUGGCUGCCAGAGCAGGAGAGGGGAGGAGGACCCCGUCCUUGUCCUGGUAGUUGGCUGGACUUGUACCGGCCGUUGGAAACCCCGAAGUACAUUUCCGAGUGGGACUUUUACAGAUAUAUAUUUUUAGAUUUUUAAAUAGCAGAUAAAAAAUAUAUAUGCUUUCUAUAUAUUUCCUGACGACCUGCCCCUGACAGCGCGAUGUACAAUACGGUGUGGAGUAUGGACCGCGAUGACGCAGACUGGAGGGAGGUGAUGAUGCCCUAUUCGACAGAACUGAUAUUUUAUAUUGAAAUGGAUCCUCCAGCUCUUCCACCAAAGCCACCGAAGCCAAUGACUUCAGCCAUUACAAAUGGAAUGAAGGACGGUUCUGUUUCUCUUCAGGAUGCAGAAUGGUACUGGGGAGAUAUUUCAAGGGAGGAGGUAAAUGACAAAUUACGGGACAUGCCAGAUGGUACCUUCUUGGUCAGAGAUGCCUCAACAAAAAUGCAGGGAGAUUACACUUUGACUUUGCGGAAGGGAGGCAAUAAUAAGCUAAUAAAGAUCUAUCAUCGAGAUGGUAAAUAUGGCUUUUCUGAUCCUCUGACAUUUAAUUCUGUGGUGGAGCUCAUUAGCCACUAUCAUCAUGAAUCUCUUGCUCAGUACAAUCCCAAACUUGAUGUGAAGCUGAUGUACCCAGUGUCCAGAUACCAACAGGAUCAGUUGGUAAAAGAAGAUAACAUUGAUGCAGUAGGUAAAAAACUGCAAGAGUAUCACUCUCAGUAUCAGGAAAAGAGUAAAGAGUAUGACAGGCUAUAUGAAGAAUAUACCAGAACAUCCCAGGAAAUACAGAUGAAGAGGACUGCAAUUGAAGCUUUUAAUGAAACAAUUAAAAUAUUUGAAGAGCAGUGUCAUACACAAGAGCAACAUAGCAAAGAAUAUAUUGAGCGAUUUCGGAAAGAAGGGAAUGAAAAGGAAAUUGAACGAAUUAUGAUGAACUAUGACAAAUUGAAAUCACGUCUGGGUGAGAUUCAUGAUAGCAAAAUGCGUCUAGAGCAGGAUUUGAAGAAACAAGCUUUGGACAACCGGGAAAUAGAUAAAAAAAUGAACAGUAUCAAACCUGACCUGAUCCAGCUGCGCAAGAUCCGAGAUCAGCACCUUGUGUGGCUCAAUCACAAAGGAGUAAGACAGAAGCGCCUAAAUGCCUGGCUGGGAAUCAAGAAUGAGGAUGCUGCUGAGACCUAUUUUAUCAAUGAGGAAGAUGAAAACCUGCCCCAUUAUGAUGAGAAAACCUGGUUUGUUGAGGAUAUCAAUCGAGUACAAGCAGAGGACUUGCUUUAUGGGAAACCUGAUGGUGCAUUCUUAAUUCGUGAGAGUAGCAAGAAAGGAUGUUAUGCUUGCUCUGUGGUUGCUGAUGGGGAAGUGAAGCACUGCGUGAUCUACAGCACUGCUCGGGGCUAUGGCUUUGCAGAGCCCUACAACCUGUACAGCUCACUGAAGGAGCUGGUGCUCCAUUACCAGCAGACAUCCCUCGUCCAGCACAAUGACUCCCUCAACGUCAGGCUUGCCUACCCUGUCCACGCACAGAUGCCCUCGCUCUGCAGAUAAAGAGGGAGUGGGAAGAGCGGUGGCUCUCUAGCAUUUUUUCUACAGUUUUUAUUAGACUAUGAGGGCAUUCUUUCUACGUAGACUGCUUGUUUUGCACAAGAAGUGAUUCUGUGAAUGUGAAGUGGAGAGGCCGAGCAGCAGCCGGCCAGAAUGGGGGCAUAUGGGGCCUGGGGUUCUCUGGGACUCACUGCUGCACUGACAUAGGAAGCUGGGAGCAGAUGCUGUUUUUUGGAAAGUCUGUUUCCUUGGGGUUUUUGUUUUAUUUAGCCAGGCACCCUCAACAGAACACAUUAGGCCUGAUGGGGGUGAGAGUUAUAUCUGGAAGCCUCUGGGGAGUCCAUGUCCUCUUCUGAGAGGCCAUGUCGCCCUGAGAGUGUGGUGGGGCAUGGCCCUUCUCUCUUCCUCCCAACAAGGCGGUGGUUUUGGUUCAGUGGUAGAAUGGCAUUUGGUGAAAAAGACAACCAAAGGAAAAUGGGGAGGCUUGGGAUUUCAUUUAAAGAAUCUUAAUCCAUGGGUAAAAACUUUCAACCGAAGGUACUUAACCAACAUCGUUUAGGCGUCAGCAUCUCAGUAGCUCCUCCCUUUAAAGAAGCAUUAUGUUUAGAAACCAAAUUGAUCCCAGCAAAACGAUUGUUGCCAGACUAAGGUCUGAUGGAAGAAGGCGGCACUAGUAUCUGAAUGCACACUUCUGUACCAAAACUUGAAAGUAAAACUAGAGAAUUUGUUAGUUUUAGCAAACACUAAAAUUGGUCAGUGUAACUCCUUUUGCCCUGCCCUUGUUUCUCUGAGAUGAGGAAUAGUGUUCUUUUUGUGGGCUGGUGAGCUUUGAAUCAUAAAAUGAAGUUGGUACUUGUGUGGUGUUUCCUUAGCCUAAAGAAUGAUCUGUUGUUUGAAACCUUUGUAACUUGUGUGUAUGAGUAAAGAAAAGGUGCAAUCCAGUGCUUUUAGAUGGCUUGAUAUACCAAAUAAUGAUGUAGAACAACAUUCUUAUAUGUGCUUCCCCAAGUUUAAAUGCCCAGCAGAAAUAGUCAGCAUGGUUUAAUUUCCCGUCAUCUCCUGUCGUUUGCUGGGUGGGGCCCAGGGGAGCCAUAGGUGGCUAAGGCUGUAGCUGGAAGGGAGCCAGAUUGCGGUCAGGGACUUCAGUAAAUCACAGGCCCAAGGGCUCUGGUUUCCAGGGCGAGGGUCAUACCACAUUACCCAUGUGCUUCCAUACAGUGGUUUCUGAAACUUUUGCAAGGAGAGGAAGGGAUGGCUUGGAGUUUAGACUGUUAGCCGAAGCCAUCUGGAAGCUUUUUUCUUUGCCUUUUUUGUGAUCCUGCCGUUAAGAUGAUGUGCACAGACUGUCCUCAUGCUCCAGUGGCCCUGAUUUUAGGCCAGGAAUCCUCUGCUUCAUGUGGUUUAAGCCUUCCAGCUGAGUGAAGCUGGGCAAAUGGAGCUGGAGGCAGCCUCUACUCCUACCUCCAUUAUGCUCCACCCUCCUCAGUCAACACUCGUUUGACAAAUAGAGUCCAGCUGCCUCUGAGCCAAUCUCUUGGUGAAUAAAUAAGGUUUACACCUAGGGAAACUCCAGUUUUGGGGAUGAAAGAAACAAAUUUUGCUUCCCCUGAGCACUUAUCUUGGUGACAGGAUCUAGAAUGGACCAUGACAUAGAAAUAGACAUAGAUUAACAAUUUGGGGGAGAACCUCCAGAGUUACUAACAGUGAAGAUAGAAAGAAAAGGGGCAUAUCUUUGGCUUUUCCUUGGUUACGUUGCAGUCUCAGGAUUGGGUGAGGCAGACAAAUGAAACCCCCUCCAGUGUCACUGUUCUGACCUAAGCCCUUAACUAGUUGAUAGCCCGCUGGAAUCCCUUCCCCAUAUUGCCAGAUUGUUGAACCUGCUUAAGCAGCUAGAUGCUCAAGAUUGGGUGCAAGGAAUCCCUUCUUUCUGGUACUAAAAUUUAGUGUGUCCUGGAUAUCUCUUAAAAUAACCGAAAAGGAGAAUGAGGAUGAACCAUGUGUUGCUCCUUAUCAGGCAGCAUUAAGGGUGUGCAGGGAGAGCGCAAGCACCAUCUACCAUUUACACUUGGGCUGGCUAGUGGAGAAGGGCUACUCAUUUUUAAGUCAUACAUUCCUUCACUUUUUCUUCCCUGUUUUUCAUUACUGAAUUUGUCGCUUUGUGGGAACUAAGACCUAGGGAUCAUUUGAGAAGUUGGAAAGUAUCUUUUCUGAGUAGUUGCCAUGUGAUUUGCUUGAUCUUGACCAGUGGAAAUGGCAUAGGGACCAGUCUGCUAACCACUUGGAGGGGUAGUAUGCAGCUCUUUUACUCCAUGGUCUUGGCAGCAGGUCUUGGCCUCCUUCAUCAGAACCUAGCUCUGUGUGUUAUCCCAUGAUCUGGGCCCUGGGAUUCUCUCUUGGCAUCUUAACUGCAGCCUCAGUGAGGCAGAGGGUAAAGAGACAGACCAAGACCAGAGGGGCUCAUUGUUUUCCAGGCUAGAGAAGCUGGCCACCAACACGGAAGCAGCUUGGGGCUGGCUGGACACCGGUCAGAGGCCUAUCUUUUCCAGGUUGAGCUUUCAUCACAGAACAAUGCUCUGUCUCCAUCUGGCCAUAGAUGCUAACUAAGCCUUGGCCAUGCCUCAGGCCUGUAUAGGCUAGUGGUGUCCUUACCACUGAUUUGGUCAAGUUUGAGGACUUCUGAUUACCGCCCCUACUCUGUCUCCAAGCCUCGAUGGAAUCCCCGCUUAUUUUGGACCCUCAAGUGCUUUGCAGAAGCUCUGAGAGCCAAUGUGGUGUCUUCCACCGGUCUCCUCUUGCAGCAAGGAACCAGCCUCAUGGGUCCUCUUGGGCCAAGAAUUGCAUGUGGGCAAUUACUGGUUAUUCAAGGUGGUCUCUUGCCAGUUAAGACUCCUUAGUAGAUCUGUGUGAGGCUUCAGUGGCCUCAAAGCAGAGGGUCCAGAUGGGGGCCUGGCUGGGCCCUCUGCUGUCAACUGCUCAGCCUUGCUCUAGCUCCAGCCACUUGUGACAGACAACCUUGUUUCCUUACAAAUUCCAGCAUGUGACUUUGGUGCCCUGUUGUUACUCGUGAAAAACCUAUUCUUCUGUUGUCUUUGGUGUAGUCAAAAAAAUUCAUGUAGUUACGUAAAAAUAUCGGAUUUACAAGGAAGCCAACUGUAUGUCUUGUGUUGGGACAAUUCAUAAUGUAGUUCCUAGACCACUUUUGCAAAUUGUUCUUGUCACCAGGUGUGUUCAGACAUUGCUGUGCAGUUGUGGGGGAGGGUGGGGGGAAGGUGAGGGGAGAUACUUUUUGGUCUUUUUGUUUUUUACCUUCCCCAAGUGGGGACAGUCUGGCCAACUUGCUCCAGUAAUGCAAUAAAGACAUUACAAUAAA